CCAGGCAGGAGUGAUGGGGCUUCCCAAGGGUUUUGUUUUCCUCCUGCUCCUGUACCUGCUUCAGGGGUCAGACACUUCCUUAGUAAAGCUGAUUGAGAAUGGUUAUGAGGACGUUAUUAUUGCUAUUGACCCUGCUGUGCCAGAAGAUGAAACAAUGAUUGAACGAAUAAAGGAAAUGGUGACUACGGCGUCUACAUACCUGUUUGAAGCUACAGAAAAAAGAUUUUUCUUCAAAACUGUGUCUAUAUUAAUUCCUGAGAGUUGGAGAAACAGACCUGAGUACAGGAGACCAAAACAGGAGAGCUACAAACAUGCAGAUGUUAAGAUUGCACCUCCUAUUCUGGAGGGCAGAGAUGAACCGUAUACCCGGCAAUUCACAAACUGCGAAGAGAAAGCAGAAUACAUCCAUUUCACUCCUGACUUCAUACUGGGGAAAAAGGAAAAUGAAUAUGGCCCUUCAGGAAGAACACUUGUCCACGAAUGGGCCCACCUUCGCUGGGGAGUAUUUGAUGAGUACAGUGAUGAUAAGCCAUUCUACAGGACUUCGUCAAAGAAAAUCGAAGCAACAAGGUGUUCCAUAGGUAUCACGGGGGUAAAUAGAGUCUACAAAUGCCAAGGAGACAGCUGUUCAACCAGAAGUUGCAGAACUAAUUCCACCACAAAAUUAUAUGAAAAAGACUGCCAGUUCUUCCCUGAUAAAGUUCAAUCAGAAAAGGCAUCCAUAAUGUUCAUGCAAAGCAUUGAUUCUGUGACCGAAUUCUGUAAAGAUGAAAACCAUAAUCGAGAGGCUCCAAGUCUACACAAUGAAAAGUGUGAUUAUAGAAGCACAUGGGACGUAAUUAGCAGUUCCGAGGAUUUUAAUAACAGCAAGCCCAUGGAGACACCACCCUCUCCACCCGCCUUCUCGUUGCUGAGGAUCAAUGAAAGAAUCGCGUGCCUGGUUCUUGAUGUGUCUGGGAGUAUGUCUGGUUAUGAUCGCCUCAAUCGAAUGAAUCAAGCAGCACAAUAUUUUAUAAUGCAAAUAAUUGAAAAUGGGUCCAGGGUAGGAAUGGUACACUUUAAUCUCCAGGCUGAUAUUAAAAGUCCGCUGAUCCAAAUAAUCAAUGAGACCCAGAGAAGCCAGCUUCUGAAAGCCUUGCCUUCGUAUGCCACUGGAGGGACCUCCAUCUGCUCUGGAAUCCGAGCUGCAUUUGAGGUAUUUAAAACUGGAGGUUUCCAAGCAGAUGGUGCUGACAUCAUGCUGUUGUCUGAUGGGGAGGACAGCACUGCAAAAGUCUGUAUUGAUGAGGUUAAAGAGAGUGGGUCCGUAGUUCAUUUCAUUGCCUUGGGACCAUCGGCUGAUAAAGCUGUAAUAAACAUGAGUGAUCUAACAGGAGGCAUCCAUUUAUACUCUUCAGAUCAAGCCCAGAACAAUGGUCUUAUUGAUGCUUUUGGAGCCCUUGCUUCAGAAAAUGCCGAAAUCUCCCAGAAGUCGCUUCAGCUUGAAAGCAAGGGAGUCAUAUUGAACAACAGCAAUCUCUGGCUGAAUGACACUGUAGUAAUUGACAGCACAGUGGGAAAGGACACAUUCUUUCUUGUCACCUGGAAGACAACAGCUCCUGGCAUUUCUCUAUGGGAUCCAAAAGGGACACAAAUCACAAAUUUCACAAUGAAAGUGGAUUCCAAAAUGGCCUAUUUCAGUGUCCCAGGAACAGCUCAGGUGGGCACUUGGACUUAUAACCUUGAAGCCAAAGCAAACCAAGAAAUACUAACAAUUACAGUAAACUCCCGGGCAGCAAAUUCUUCUGUGCCACCAAUCACUGUAAAUGCUAAAAUGAACAGAGACACCAGCAGCUUCCCCAGCCCUAUGAUCGUUUACGCAGAAGUCCUGCAAGGGUACACGCCCAUCAUCGGAGCCCACGUGACAGCCAUCAUAGAAUCAAACAGUGGAAAGACAACAGAGCUGGAGCUCCUGGAUAAUGGUGCAGGGGCUGAUGCUUUCAAGGAUGAUGGCGUCUACUCCAGGUACUUCACAGCUUAUUCAGAAAAUGGUAGAUACAGCUUAAAAGUACGGGCUGAUGGAGGAGCAAAUUCUGCCAGGAGAAGAUUACAGCAUCCAUCCAGUAGGGCUGCCUACAUACCUGGCUGGGUAGUGGAUGGCAAAAUUGAAGGGAACCCACCCAGACCUGAAACAACUGAGGAUACUCAGCCAGUCCUGGAGAAUUUCAGAAGAACAGCAGCUGGAGCUGCAUUUGUGGUAUCCAAUGUUCCACUUGGUCCACUGACUGACCAGUACCCUCCAAGUCAAAUCACAGACCUUCAGGCCAUACUUGAUGGGGAAGAGAUCAGUCUAACAUGGACAGCACCAGGAGAUGAUUUCGAUGUUGGAAAAGCUCAACAGUACAUCUUAAGAAUAAGUGAAAACGUCACUGACCUAAGGGAUAAUUUUGACGGGGCUCUUCAAGUAAAUACGACUAACCUGCUACCAAAGGAAGCCAACUCCAAGGAAAGCUUUGCCUUUAAACCAGAAAACAUCUCAGAAGAAAAUGCAACCUACAUAUUCAUUGCCAUUAAAAGUGUCGACAAAAGCAAUUUGAGUUCGAAACUGUCCAACAUUGCACAAGUGGCACUAUUCACCCAAGCAGAGACUGGUUCUGGCGAAAGUCCGCACUCUGGAGUUAGCAUUUCCACUAUUGUGCUGUCUGUGGUGGGCUCUGUUGUACUUGUUUGUAUCAUUGCAAGUGCCACGAUUUGUAUCUUAAAGAACAGGAGGUCCUCAUCAAAAGCUGUAACAACAUUUUGAAAAGCAUCAUGAAUAAAAAGAUAUUUCUGCAUUUUUAA